AUGGCAGCCGCAUCGGUAAGAGGGUUUUUUCGGAGAGCAGGUCAAGGAAUUGUAGACUAUGUCAAGCAGGUGAAAAACGACUACGUUUUGGUGGCGAAAGGCACAGCAACUACCUGCCGCGAACGUCCCAUUCGGAGCGGUUGGUUAUAAUUGAAUUUCAUUCAAUCAUAUCAAUUUUUAGGUUUUAUCGGAUUGGGACUAGGCGGUCUGACGUACGCAUACAGGACGAAUCCGUCCGAAGAGGACAUGCUGAACGAGUUGCGAGAAUGUCGCCAGCAACUCGCUCUUGUACCUUCUUCCAUCCAUAAUCCACUUUCAGGUUCAAUUUUUUUAAAUUUAAGUUUGUUAUGAAAAUUUUCAGACAAAGAGUUGGAACGCCGAAAUUUGCUUUUGGCUCAAAAACCGUUUGCAUUACUACAAUUUGUGGUUUUUCUCAUUUUUGGUGGCCGGCACUCACGACGAUCAUGUAAGUUUUAUCAUUUCAACCAUUAGUUGUCUUAACUGUGUCAAAAAAAAAAAAUAAAUAAAUAAUUGGCGAAAGAAUUUUUUCAGUUGAAAGCGCAUUACGCCCUGGAUUCCAAUUUGAAGCCGUGGUUCUGGGAAGAGUACUGGAACAACCUCCUCGACGUCGGUUUCCUCGGAUCCUGGCACAAAUUGAGCUCGAGCCUUGUCGACUUCGAUGUAAAUCCCGUUGAAAUGGAAGCCUUACCAGCAGAUUCCAAAUCUUGAUUGUCUCCUCCAUAAUACUGUGAAAAAGCUGAAGAAAAUCCAACAGUGGAAGCAUAGUUAUAUAAAGAAGUCGAUGGACUUCAUUGUACAUUUUUGUUGAUUUUCGUAGGAUUUUAUGAAUGAAUUCUGUAUGAAAAAGUGGAUUUUUUCUUUCCGAUUGCGUUGAAUCGUCGAUUCUUAUCUGUGAAGAACCUUUUUUGUUUGAUCUAACAAAGCAUCCAGACAUGACGGCUUAUGCCGAAAUCCUGGACGCCGUCGUUGAGCCACUGACGGCAGUCCGAUUCGCCAGCGAUCAUGGCGAGGAGAUGAGUCACGCCGACGCUGUCAAGUACUCAUCCUAUGAUUCCGUACCACCAGAAAUCCUUCAGAAUCCUCGAUGACUAUGUUUCCACGAAAAAAGACGCAGACCUCUGGGCGUUGUACGAGCUGUGUGGUGUCGAACGCCUCACCGACGGCUUGUUCCUGCCUCUUGACGCGGAAGGGAAGCCGAUGGCGCUGGACGUCGUCCGACACGUCGUCGUGCCGAAGAAGGACGUCGAGAAGACGUCGAAGCGCUUCCAGAAGUUGCUGUCCUCGUCGCUGCACAGCAUCCAACGGACCGAGGCCAAGGAAACCAAGGUCUACGGCAGCGUCUGGGGCGACUACGACUCGGAUCUGCCCGUUUAUUCCGAGGCCUCUUCUCAGCAGUCGUCGCAAUCUUCGCAAGCCGAAGAUUUGAAAGCGGCUAGUGUUCGUUUUUUACGUAUUAGAAACGAGACAAAAGAAAUCCACGAAGAUUAGGUUUUAAAAAAUCCUGUUAAAUUCUUUCUUUGUGGUUUUUUCUUGUCUCUUUUUGAUGGACAAGUCCUUCAGGAUGUACAGAAAUAGAUAACGAGAAAAAUAGAAGAAAGUAUAUCGAAAAAAAAAAUUAGUGUACUCGAUAAAUUUUUCACCCUCUAAAGAGCAUUGUUUUCCGAAGUCGGGAUCUUCGUAAUGUUUUAAAUGGAAAAAAAAAAAUGAAAUUCCAACCAAACUUCUAAGUUAUCUGUUUAAAAUUUUAAAAACUCAUAAAAUGCUAAAUUUGAAACUUUGGAGGCGAUAUAAAAAAACGAUUUACGUUCUGAACAUUCUCUGUCGCUCUUCUGUUAAAUGUGUUCCUAUCUUUGGAACAAGAUCUUCUAAAAAAAUUUUUUUUUCUUAAAAUUGGUUUUUUUAAUUUUCAAAUUGCUAGUUUGCUAGAUUUGCUACCUAAAACUUCUAAAUUCAAUAAUGAAACGAUUGAGAUUUCCUUAAAAAAAGGAAUGGCUAAAGAUUAAAAAUUUAGUUAGAACGCGAAAAAAACUCAUUGAAUGAGAAAGAAAAACUGUUUUUUUCAUAUAGUUCUUAUUCAUUUUUUUCAGGCGAAUAUCACUCGGGUUCCCAGCAUCAAACAAAUGGGUUCGACGGAAAAUGUGAGUCCCCAAUAACACUCCGAAAUUUUUUUCUUUUUUUCAUAUAUUUGUUGAUAAAAAAAACGGAAUUUUUCUCGUUUCAUAGCUGAAAGCAGAAAACUUGAUGAAAACUUUAAUUGCCAGCUCAAAAUGGAGAUUAUUUAGAGCAAAAAGCAAAGGAUCUUCGUCGAAAAGCGGAGCUUUGGACAAAAAUGUUCCAAAAAUCAGGUUGGACUUUUUUUGGUCUUUGUAUUUCAUUAUUACAAGUUACUAAAAAAAACUUUUUUAUUUUAGAAGAAAGUCGAAAAAAAUAAAGAACCCAAAAAAAAGGACGACGAUGACUGGGAUAUGGAAUGGAAUGUGAAAAAAGAAGAGGAACCGAAAAAAGUGCCUUCCCCCGUCAAACAAACUAAAAGGUGAAUCCAUAACUUUCUGUUGUUGUAAGACUUAUCAACAGACCCUCUCGAAAAAAAUCUUUCUUCGAACAUUUCAAUUGCAGAAAACGUCCAAAAGUCGAACUGGACGACGAUUUCUUUGAUAAAGACGAUGAAGAACCGUCUGUUUCAGAGGAACCGCCCAAAAAGAAGACACAAGCGCCGGAAGAGGGUUAGUCUAUUUCUAAAGACAUAAUUCGAUCAAAAGCCUUCAUCAAAGAUGUCUCCAGUGAGCAGACAAUUAGUGAUAUAGCGUACUUUUGUUGUUUUUUCAUCGUGCGGCGCAUUAUUUCUGGACGAAAUGUUAAAUUUGAAGCAAAAGCCAAGAAGAAACACGUCGAGAACAACGAAAACUUGAAAGUUUCCCCUCCAACGAGUGUUUUCGGCAAGGAAAUCGGCGAAAAGACAAAUGCGACAAAAGUGGAAAAAGUCGUCGAAACUUUUGUCGACGAGGACGGAUUCCUCGGUAGGGACUUUUCGGCCGGUCAAUCUGAUUAUCAAUCAAUUACAGUAACCAAGGAGGUUGCCAAAAUCGUCGAAGUUCCACGGAGCAACUCGGAUCGAACUGAAAAGGUUCUUUCUUUUGAUUGUGAAGCGGUUCUUUCGAAAUUCAUUCUAAAGAUGAGGCAAAUUGAAAAAAUAGUGUUGUGUGUUCUUUCGAAUUCAUUCAAGUUAAAUUCAAUUAUCUGAGAAUUCCCAUAAAAUAAUGUAACUUCGAUUUUUUGAUCAUUUUUCUCUUUUGUGUAAGAAUUCGAACAGAGCCAUUUCAAAAUCUUCUUUCCGAUACUAGUGAAAAUCUGAUCUCACAAAUUCCUUUUGGAAAAAUUUUUCAAAAAUUGAUUAAGAUGAAGCCGAAAGUUCCGCCCGUAGUGCAGUCGAAGUCGUCCGGCGCCAAGAAAAACUCGACGAUCACCUCUUUUUUCAAAAAGGCCUAA